CCGCCGCCGCUGGGGUCUGGGCGCCAUGAGUGGGGCGCGGAGCGCGCUGGGCCUGUCUGUGCGGGCACCGCGGGCGGGCUGGCUGUGGGGGGCUGCGGCGGCGCUGCUGGGGCUGAGCGCCCUGGUCGGGGCAUGGCGCUGGGUCGGUGGGCUGAGGCGAGCGGCGGGCCGCCGCCGGCGCCUGCAGCGGGUGGGGACGGUGAUGAGUAUUUUCGUGUACCCGGUGAAGUCGUGCCGGGGGGUGGCGGUGCGGGAGGCGCAGGUGACGCCGAUGGGGCUGCGGAGCGGCGAGCUGCGGGACAGGUUUUGGCUUGUGACCAAGGAGGACGGGCACAUGGUUACAGCUCGGCAGGAGCCCCGGCUCGUCCUCGUUUCUGUCAGCUCUGAGGAUGGGCACCUGACCUUGGAAGCACCAGAAAUGAAGAAGCUGUGCUUGCCUGUGAAGCUGCCCAGGAAAAACCGUGUGAUGAACUGCAGGGUGUUUGGACUGGAUAUCCAAGGCAGGGACUGUGGAGAUGAAGUGGCUCAGUGGAUCACCACUUUUCUCAAUUCGGAGCCGUAUCGCCUGGUGCACUUUGAGCCCUCCAUGGUGCCAAGAAAGUCAAAAGACAUAAUAAAUCUCUUCCGAACCACAGAUGAGGUUGCCUAUCCUGACUGUAGCCCAGUCUUGGUCAUCUCGGAAGCUUCAUUGGAAGAUUUAAAUGCCAAGCUGGAGAAGAAAGUGAAGAUACAGAACUUCAGGCCAAAUAUUUUUGUGACGGAUUGCAGUGCUUUUGAGGAGGACACCUGGGAGGAUGUUCUUAUUGGCGAUGUGGAAAUGAAGGGGACAAUGUGUUGUGCCAGGUGUAUUUUAACAACUGUUAACCCAGACACUGGGGUGCUGGACAGGAAGGAGCCUUUGGAAACAUUGAAAAGUUACCGCUUAUGUGAUCCAUCUGAGCGACACAUCUACAAAUCCAGCCCUCUCUUUGGGAGAUACUUUGCUGUUGACAAAACUGGAACGAUUCAAGUUGGAGACCCUGUGUACAAGAUGGUCCAGUCAUAAGGGAUACUUCAAACAGAAGAUACCUUUUCACUUUGAUGCGCAAAUUGGUUUUCUGUGAACACAAUCACCAGCAUAACUUUUUCUUAUUUUGUGCAGUAUUUUUCAUGCUAUGUUCAUUUGUAAGGUGCAGGGGAGUCUUUGAGGCUAUGAAAUGCCAGUCAUUUCAGAUCAUGUAAUCUACUAGUAUGCCUGUAGCAGCCACAUCUUUAGUUUUUCUGGAGGCUGUGAUAGAAGGCUGUGAUCCAAGGCUGACUUCACAGCACUACUGUGAGUCACAUCCCCUACAAUUUUAUGUCAAACCCAAUAUUGGAAUCCAAAACACAAGGGCUUUGCAUCAUGUGUUAGAUAUAUUCAGUGCCUCAAAGGACCACAAAAAUAGUCAUGCCAAGCGUGAAGUAAGUAUGUUGAUCACAGAACUGCCUUUACAAGUAAACGUGGAGUGCAGAUGGCGAGGCUCUGUCUUAGAUUCCACCCUGCUUUGCUCGUAAUCAUCUUACCCUGUUUGUAUUUGGAGGUGCUUCUUUUGCAGUGUUUCUUAUCCUGCAGCCAUUUCCUGAAGGUUGCUACUGUCUUUUGAGGUUGAAGCAAGAUCAGAAGGAGAAGGACUGGGAGCUGACUAAGUGAUACUGUAGUCUAAAGGUGAGAACACCUGCUAACAGUGUGUGAGACUGCGGCUUUGUUUAGUUUAUGAUCUCUGCUUGAUAGAGUUUGAACCAUCAGGUUUUUCUCUAGUGAAGCAUACAGUAGCACCAAAGCUGUGGAGUAGUGAUGCAUUUGCUAAUGUUUCAGUUCGUCCUGUUUUAAGCCCAGCCGGUAACUCAGAACCACACAGCUGGUCUCUCACUCCUCGCCACCUUCUCCCCUGGCUCCCACAGGGAUGCUGAGGAGAAUCGAAAGAAUGUAACUCCCGCGGGUUGAGAUAAGAACAGUCCAGUAACUAAGGUAUAACACAAAUCACUACUGCUACCACCAAUAAUAACAAUGGUAAGGGAAAUAACAAGGGAAGAGAAUACAACUGCUCACCACCCGCUGACCAAUACCAAGCCUGACCUGAGCAGCAAUCUGGGCCUUCCAGGUGACUCCCCCCAGUUUCUAUACUGGCAUGACGUGCUGUGGGAUGGAAUACCUCUUUGGCUAGUUUGGUUCAGGUGCCUUGUCUCUGCUUCCUCCCAGCUUCUUGUGCCCCUCUGCCCUGGCAGAGCAUGAGACUGAAAAGUCCUUGAUCAGGGUAAGUAUUACUUAACAACUCAAAACAUCGGUGUGUUAUCAGCAUUCUUUUCAGGCUAAAUUGAAAACGGCACUUUACCAACUACCAAGAAGGAGAAAAAUGACUGCUACACCUGACCCUAGGACACAGUAGAACUUCCAGUCUGACUACAAGAAUUAGGUGUAUUAGAGACUUUAUGCACAUUGGAGAAGAAGAAAAGCUGUUGGGAGUGAUCCAGUUCUGAGCUGUCUCAUUCAAGUUGAUGUCCAGGCUGAUAUUUUAGGGCUCUGUGUUCAUGUGUAGCUCCUCUCUGGUUCAGGCAAUCUGUUACUACAGUAACUUAGGCUGUUAAGCAGAUGUGUGGGAAUCUGCAGUUUUAGACUUGAGCAUGUUAAUGUCCAGUAAGGGCACAUUUAGCUUUCUGGUUGCCCCCCACCCCUGCCCUUAACCAAAAUGUUAGCUAGUUGCAGGAAGCUGAUAAUUCUAUUUUAUGCUAUAUUUUAUACUGCAUAAAGCAGGGGAGGAAACUAGUUGGAUUAUGGCAGUAGUCUCUUCUUUAAGUGUUAAAAAAGUGGAUUCCAAGACACAAGCCAGCCAUCUUUCAAAUGUUGCUCUUGGAUGUUGCUUUGUUGUGGAUUGCUAGAUCUAGAAAGAGUGUUGAACUAGCCAAAAAGAGGAAUAUAAUUAAGGGUGAAGAAGGAUGAAUAUGACCCGAUGUGACCUUUAGAUUCUUUGCUCCCUGUUGUGAAUAUGAAAUUAGAAUUUUGCUGCAUUUUCACAACUCAGACCUGUAAGAUGAUGAAGAGCUGUUGCGCCUUUUGAGUAAAUUCAAAUGGAUGUAUGUGGCAAGCCUGAAGCAGGCACAUGGGGAAGGCAGUUUUCUGUUACUUGUGAACUCAGGGUUGCUCUGCAUAACAUUUUGUUAGCAGAGUGCUACGUAAGUACUAAGUUUUGCUGUGAGAGAUAAGUGCCCAGUUUGGACUUGAUGGUGCGUGUUUGUGUAUUGUUAUGCCUGAUGCAGCAGUGAAAAAGCAUCUUUUGAAAAGGAAAAUAAUCUUGAGGUUCACUCUUAAAAAGCUGAUGUUGAAGAUCCUUAACAUUAGAAGCUGAAAUCUUGUGGAAUUCCUAAUGGUAUUAUUAAGCAAAGAUAGCCUGCUGGCCUGCCAAAGCAGUUAAUUAAGUGUGUGUCUUCAUUAAAUCAAAGAAGUGGAAGGAAGGAGAGCUGAACUUUUGCCUCUAGCCAAACAUAAUUUUUCACUACUGUUUUAGCACCUCAUUAGGUUUUAUGUAGCAUAAAAUGUGUGGUAUAGAUCACGUUGCCUCUCGUUAGAUUAUCAUCUGUUGGGCUAAUUUGGAAAUGGGGCUGUCUUUCCAAUGAGAAUCUGCAUCUGCAUUCCUGUUAAGAAAAUGCCACAGAUCUAAAAUGAUGAUCCCUUUGAAAGUCCCUUAGAAGAUUAUGGCUUGAAUCCUAAAACAGGUGUAUGUCUGAGUACAACACAUCUCAAGAAUGUCACUUAAAUAUGUGGGAGGAAGUGGAGAGCAUAACUUUACAAACCUUUUAAUAUAAAUAUUUUCAUAUAAACGUUGAACUGCUGUAAUUGUAGGAAUUGUAUUUGAUAUUACUAAAGCCAUUUAUGAAAUGGACUGAAAACAUGUCAAUCGUGUAACACUGUUUUUUGAAUCGUGUACUUAAAAACGCUAAUUGCUUUUGUAACUCAAGAGGAAGCAAACAAAAGUAUAAACUUCUGUUGAAUCUAAA